GACGGUAUACAAACCAUCCAUACGCUUCGUUUCACUUCUCUCUCCUCUCUUCUCCCUGCUUGGCGGCCUCACAUCUUAAAACGCGAGGGCAGCUGAAGCAUAUCAGAUUUUCAUCAAUGGCGGAAACGCAAGCCGACAAAAUCCAAACCCUAGCCGAGCAAUACGCAUUGGAGAAAGAUGUGGGUACCAAGCCUGUUGAAGUAAAAGAAGUUGUUUCUGAGAAACCUGAGGAAACACCUGCUGCUGCAGAAGAAGAAAGCUCUGAAGUUACACCAGCUGUUGAAGAAAGCAGUGAAGCCAGUCCUUCUGCUAGUGAAGAAGGCACUGAAGUAGUUGAAGAGACACCUGAAAUUAAGAUUGAGACAGCACCAGCAGAUUUCCGUUUCCCAACUACUAACCAGACAAGGCAUUGCUUUACCCGAUAUAUAGAGUAUCAUCGGUGCAUAGCUGCAAAGGGGGAAGGUGCUCCCGAGUGUGACAAAUUUGCAAAGUUUUACCGCUCUCUUUGCCCUGGUGAAUGGGUUGAGAGAUGGAACGAACAAAGGGAGAAUGGAACUUUUCCAGGUCCCCUGUAGAUGGUGUUGGCUUAAAAAACAAGCGUUGGUCUGUGCGUUUCUGUAAUAUCCAAGUUUUCCUCCAAUAGAUGAGUUUCUACAUUGAGAGUUGAACUCCAAGGGAAUGCCCUAUUUUAAAACAAUGAAUGAAUAAGAAAUAAAACAAUGAAUGAAUAAGAAAUUUUGGCUUAUUUCAGAAUACAGCAAAACUGUAGCUCAUAAAAUGAAGUUUUUGUUCAUCACUAAAUCAUAGUUUCAUUUCUCAUAAUUUUUUUGUGCAUGAGCUGUUGUAAAACUGUUGCCAAAAGCUAGGUGACAUUUGUUAAGAGCUUUCUGCACCUGCCACACAAUAAAAUGCACUGUGCCUUGCUGAUAUUGGUUUUUU